CUUUUAACAAAUAAAAAUAUAAAUGGAAAAGUUUGAGAUAUCGUCUUGCAGUAUUUGCCUUAAUGCCAUAACUGAUGGCAAUGUAAGAACAAUAGAGGAAACUGUAACAGAACAGCUAGAUUUUCUUCACUUAAGAGUGAGUGUAGAAGAAAACAUUAAACCUGUGAUAUGCAUUGCCUGUUCCAUAAAACUGUUAGCAGCAUAUAAAUUCAAGGUAACCUGUACAGAAACUGAGGACAGUAUUUUUUCAUAUGUUAAUUCUCAAAAUGUGGCUUCUGUUGAUUUGAGAGAGAUUUAUAUAAGGAAAAAAGGUAAAGAACACCUAAGAACUGUAUUAAAAGACGAUAUAAUUUGUCGAUUAUGUAUGGAGACAAUCGCAGGUGCAUUUACACCAGUGAUAGAAAUGGAGGCUGACAUAUUUUCUAAAUAUCUUCCAGAAGCAAACUUUAGCUACACUGAAGAACCAGUUAUAUGUUCGCUAUGUUAUGAUUCGUUGAAUAUCCAUUGUGGUUUCUUAAAGAGCUGUUUAAAUAUGCAGGAGGAUAUUAAAAUUAUUUCUGAAAACAAGGCGAUGGGGAAUCCGUUCUGGAUUAAAAGCGAACCGAUUGAAAUUAAACCUGAAAAAAACGAAACUAAUUGUUUCGAUGUACAGGAUGAAAUAAGAACUAUUUAUGAGGACCAGGUCACAGAGAACCUUUUCUGCAUCAAGAGUGAAGAAAUUGAAAUAAAACUUGAAGAAGACUCUACAGAUAAUAACGUUCCUUUCUUUAAUGAUGCCGAAACCCUUAAAGGCAAAACUGAAGCCAAAAGUGAUCUAAACUCACUGCAGUCAGAACUUUCGAACGCACAGUUGUACAAAUGUGAUACAUGCGAUUAUAACACGAAGUACAAGAAUAAUCUUAAGCGCCACCAGAUGACACAUAAAUGCCUUUCCGAAGUAUACACGUACAAUUGCGAUUCUUGUGAUUACAAAACCAAGUUCAAGAAUAAUCUUACUCAACACCAUCUAAAACACGAAGACCCUCUGAAAGUAAAGAAACACGCUUGUUCUAAGUGUGAUUUCCAAACCAAGUACUUAAAAUCGCUCUUAUACUACCAACAGAAACACAAAGACCCCUCUGAAAUGUACACGUGUGACGUGUGCGAUUAUAAGUCCUACCGCAAGGACAACGUCAUAAACCAUCAGUUGAUACACAAAAACCUUUCAGAAAUCCAGAUGUACAAGUGUGACUCUUGUGCUUACGAAACAAGACAUAAGAAGAACCUCAAGUGGCACGAGCUCGUACAUAAAGACUUUUCCGAAGUGCCUGUACAUCAGUGUGAUUCAUGUGAAUACAGAACCAAGCGUAAGUUCAAUCUCACGCAGCAUCAGUUAAAACACAAAAGUUUCUCUGAAGAGCAGAUGUACAAGUGUGAUACUUGUGAUUUCAGAACUAAAUACUUAAAGUCGCAUAUACGCCAUCACCAGAGACAUAAAGACCUUCCCUAAAUUCAAUUGUACAUGUGUGAUGUGUGUGACUAUAAGUCCAGUCAUGAGGAUAACCUCUUAAGCCAUCGGCAGGGACAUAAGGACAUAAGUGAAGUGCAAAUGUACAUGUGUGACAUGAUUUCAGAGCUCAGAAUACAAUCAAUAUUGUUUGCCACCAGCCAUGGCAUAAAGACAACUAACAUCAAAUGUACAAACAAGACAAACAGUUAUGUCAUUUGUAAAAACACAAAUAAGUAUCUAUCAAAAAUUCAAAUGAACAUGUGUGACGUGUGUGACUAAAUAUCCAAUUACGAGAACAAUCUCAUGAACCAUCUUUGAAGUGUAUCAGUGUGAUUCGUGGAAUAACAAAUCCAAAUGUAAGUUCAAUACCAUGCAUCAUAAGUUGAGGGAGAAAGGUAUAUACGUGAGAUUUCAUGAACAAGCACUUAAAUUUGCACAUAUUCCAUUAGAAGUUCAAAUGUACAAGUGUAAUCUGAUGUGCAAAUGUACAAUGUGAUCGAUAUAUCUUGGAAAUAUGUUUUUCUUCAAAAUUACAAGUUAAUUAAAUUCUGAAAUCAGCAUUAUUUCUUUCAGUGGUUGUCGCUCACGUGUGAUAUAAAAUACAAUGUGUGUGUUCAUAGACGAAGUCGGAAAGAGGGAACAUUUCUUACUCAAAAAAAAAAAACUGAAUUUGUUUGAAUUAGCUUAAUGAGAAUAGGGUUGUU